UAGUCCUCUUGAGCUUUUUCAACGCUGGCAUCUUUUCCAAGCAGUCCUCAGAAUUUCCCUUAAUACAGGCCAUUCGCCAUGGAACCCGUCUCGGCACUGAGCGUUGCAGGCGUGGCCCUGCAGCUGGCUCGCUUGUGUAUAUCCGUUCCAAAGGCGCUAAGCGAUAUCAAGCAGAAAUACAACGAAGCCGGUAAAACAAUCAGGAACAUUAAGUACUUCUGCAAGGCGGUUGAGCUCGCCGCCGGAAACAUUCAAGAUUGGCUGUCGUCUGGAGCUGCGGACCAGAUCACGGGCUUGGCCGAUUGGAAAGACAUCCUUGUUGGGUAUGUCGAAGCGGUGCAGGAUCUCCAAGACGACCUUGACAAGAUUGUCGGUUCGGAGAAUUGGGGGUCAGGAUCACUCUUAGACCGCAGCCAGAGGGCGAAGGUAGUGUGGAGCCAGGACACCAUGCAGCAGCACCUGGAGAACCUCCAGUAUUUGUCCAGCGCAUUGCAUCUAUUGCUCGCUGCCACGAAACUAUCAUUGGACCGACAACCCGAUGCUGUGCGCCAAGUUUGGGAGGACGCGAAGUCGAUGUCUUUAACUCGCCGAAGUUUGUCGAGCAAGAAAGAUGCCGACCCGGAUGUCGAAAACACUGUACGGUUUGCCUUUGACGUAAUUCUGGCCUCCUCGUCAGUUUACCAACGAGCCUCAACGUUCGCACGAGCUGCCCCCUCGGCCGAGACUGACAGCUCGGAUUCGAACUCUGCCGCAGAGGACGAACCUCAGGCCAGAAACGAUACCAAUGCCAGAGUUGAUGGGCCCCGAAGGAUAUCUGCUUUUCCUGAGGACGGCGCUGAAGUCGUCAACGCGCCCGAGGAAUCAUCUUCUCCACUUUCAGCGGAUCCUUCGGAAUCGAAAGUCCCAAGUGAACGAUAUUUCAAUGUUCCGUUCGACCCGCCUUCCAAUUUUUACGGUCGACGAGACAUCCUCAGCGCUAUCAAGAACUACUUCGAUAAAGGGGAAACAGACGCAGAAGUACCGAUAUGCUCCCUCAGCGGGCUUGGAGGGGUCGGGAAAUCAUAUGUCGCCCAGGAAUAUGCAGUUGCAUCCUUCCAACAGAGUAUCUACGAUUCGGUCUGGUGGAUCAAUGGAGAGUCUCGGAUCUCCAUUGCGAUGUCAUUCUCACUCAUCAACAACCGUCUCAACUUGACAGCAACGAAUGAGCCGGCCAGUCACAUUCGACAUGUGAAGAGGUGGCUGGAAUUAUCGUCGUCGCCUUGGCUGCUGGUGUUCGAUAAUGUCGAAAACCCAACCGACCUAUCAGAUUUCUUCCCUAAACCACCAAAAGCUAGGGGGUCUGCGAUCAUAAUUACAACACGGGAUCCAGUUGUCAUCCCUGGGCAGAACAAUAUUCAAAUACCAACAUUCACUCACGAUGAGGGCGUAGACUUCCUCCUGCAACUACUCAAAGCCGGUCCUCGGGCACUGGUACCUGAGACCGCCCAUAGCGCAUUGGAUAAAAUUGUGGACAGGUUCAGCGGACUCCCGCUCGCCCUUCCCAUGGUGGCAGGUCAAAUAAUAGAAACUGGGGCUCCGGUCUCUGAGUUUCUCCGACGUUACAGCAACUUUGAAGCCCAAGCCGGUACUGUUGAUUUGUAUGCUAGUGAGGCAUAUUCAAAGACGCUCAGCGAUUCUCUCUCCCUCGCACUUGCCCGUCUCGG